UCUACACAAGUUUUCCGAGACCUCGAAAAAAGUAGCUGCUAGAUCGGGCUGGUCCUCCAAGAAGAGACAAAGUGAGCAGCGAACGAGAGCGAACCGACUUCUCGUUAGUUUGCAGCCGAACUCAUGGUCGUGAUGGUUUUAAAUCACCCGCAGACCCGGAACACUAUAGCCCGGUUUAAGUAACGGUAAACCACGGAAUCCAGUUUGGUUUCUAAUUACUCCAGCAGAUUGGAUUCGGUUUGUGGAGACACCGGCUCCUAGCUGUGAUUGACGGGGCGGUCUCGUGUCGAACCCGGGAUCGGGACGGACCGGGACCCGGUGACCCAGGAUGAGGAUGCCCCGCGGGGGACGCAUGGUCCUGGCCACAUGCCUCGGUUCGCUGGUCGCCCUUGUCCUCUACCUCCAGACCGUCACCAAGCAAGAUGUGGAGCCCAUCACCAGCACCACCUCCACCUCCACCCACCCCCCCCUCGGGAGGAGCGGGAGAAACCCCCUGCGGUCCCUCUACAACGGAGACCAGGACUCUGACCAAUCGUACGCCCAGUCGGCGCUACGGGGCCGCCGCGAGCUGCUGGAGGAGGCGUGUCUUAGCCAGACCAGGAAGAGGCGAGUCCUGUCCCCGGACGACCUCCGACACCUCAUCGUGGACGACAAGCAUGGCCUCAUCUACUGCUACGUGCCCAAGGUGGCGUGCACCAACUGGAAGCGUGUGCUGAUGGUGCUGACGGGCGACGGCCGCUACUCGGACCCGCUGGCCAUCCCGGCCCACGAGGCCCACGUGGCGGGCAACCUGCGCACGCUCUCCGAGUUCCCGGCCGCCGAGAUCAACCGCCGGCUGCGCUCCUACCUCAAGUUCGUGUUUGUGCGGGAGCCCUUCGAGCGGCUGGUGUCGGCCUACCGCAACAAGUUCACGCGCAGCUACAACGAGGCCUUCCACAAGCGCUACGGCACCAAGAUCAUCCGCCGGCACCGGCCCGGCGCGCGGCCCGGUGCGGUGGAGGCCGGCGCCGACGUCUCCUUCCGGGAGUUCAUCCAGUACCUGGUGGACCCCCGCACGCAGCGCGAGGAGCCCCUGAACGAGCACUGGGAGCGGGUGCACUCGCUGUGCCACCCCUGCCUCAUCCACUACGACGUGGUGGGCAAGUACGAGACGCUGGAGCCCGACUCCCAGGCCGUCCUGGCGCUGGCGGGCGUCCAGGGCAGCGUGCGGUUCCCCUCCUCGGGGAAGAGCGCCCGCACCGACCGGGACAUGGCGGCGCGCUUCUUCCAGGACGUCAGCCCCUUCCUGCAGAAGAAGCUGGUCAACAUGUACCGCAUGGACUUCCUGCUGUUCAACUACUCCAUGCCGCGGUACCUCCGCACGCCCUGAGGAACACCGGGGAGGAUCAGGGGGAACCCGGCACUUUGUUCACGUCUCUCGGGCGUUCCUCCCGCACGUACUCGCUGUAAAGGAGGUUAAAGACUGAGGCCCUCUGGUUGGGUUCCUUGGCGAGGGGAAUCCAUUUUGUGCCGACUUGACGGACUGACGGACAGAGGAAGGGACAGGCUUUGGUUCUGUUGCUUCGCCCGCUCGAAAAAUAAAUAGAAGAAGCGCUUUUUGACUCCAGGCUCGCCAGUCUCCCGAAACAGGAAGGGAAGUGAAAUGAGGAGCGAGUCGGAACACAGAAGGGCCUCUAUCCGGGCCCCCGGGGGACGACAAGGAAAUUGUUCACUGUGUUUGCAGCUCAGCUCAAAACGCCAAUGGGUGGAAUUGCUGCGUUGGAACAGAUUCAAAUGCCCUUUCUAGGACUGCCUGGGACAGUUCAGGUGUCUGAGUUUUUGAAGGUGGUAUUGUUUUAGUUUGAGGAUUUUAAGGUGGCAUUCUAUAGAUGGAGGCUGUUAAGGUGGUAUUGUUUUAGUUUGAGUCUGUUAAGAUGGCAUUCUAUAGAUGGAGACUGUUAAGGUGGUAUUGUUUUAGUUUGAGGCUUUUAAGGUGGUAUUGUUUAGGUUGAGGCUGUUACGGUGGUAUUGUUUUAGUUUGAGGCUGUUAAGGUGGUCUUUUUAGUUGAGGCUGUUAUGUAGUCUUAAGUUUGAGGCAGUAAAGGUGGUAUUGUUUUAGUUUGAGGCUGUUAAGGUGGUAUUUUUAUAGUUUAAGGCUGUUAGGUGGUAUUGUUAUGUUUGAGGAUGUUAAGGUGGUAUUGUUUAGCUUGAGGCUGUAAAGGUGGUAUUGUUUAGUUUGAGGCUGUUUAUGUGGUAUUGUGUAAUUGAGGCUGUUAAGGGGGUAUUGCUUAGUUUUGGGCUGUAAAGGGGGUAUUGUUUAGUUUCGGGCUGUAAAGGUGGUAUUGUUUGGUUUGGGGCUGUUAAGGUGGUAUUGUUUGGUUUGGGGCUGUUAAGGUGGUAUUGUUUAGUUUGGGGCUGUUAAGGUGGUAUUGUUUGGUUUGGGGCUGUUAAGGUGGUAUUGUUAAUGUGGUAUUGUUUUUUUGGAGACUGUUAAGGUGGUAUUGUUUAGUUGAGGCUGUUAAGGUGGUCUCAAUCUUCUUCAAACUUUGUCCAAGACGUUCAAGAAGCAGGAUCUUCUCGCGUCAACGUUCACGAGCGAACACACCGACUGUGAAACAGAAGACACCUUUGGAGUCCCUGAAACGUUAUUUAUGAAACAAGCACAAGAGUAUUUAUUAUGAGGAGGAAACAGACUCUCUGUGAUGGUGUGCUGAACAUGUUUUGUAUCUAUUUCCUAUGAAACAGUUGUUGAAACUGAGGGCUGGAACUCAUCUGUCGCUUUUUAGCUGUUCUGCACAACCAGCUGUCGCCAGGUAGAAUUAGUCUUCUCGAAGAUUGAGAAACUUGAAGUGAAGAAUAAAAUGUUUAAAUAUGCAGCAACACAAACUAAGGGACUGAUGUUGUUACUUUAAUGCCACUCCCAUAUAGACACAGGACAGUGUGUGUGUGUUUUGGAGCCAUAUCAUCAUUCCAGUAGGUGCAUUUCUCUGACUGAGAGUGUGUGUGGAUUAUGUGUGUGUGUGUGUGUGUGUGUGUAGCUCUGUGCAGGUUGAGCAAACAAGCAGAUGACUGUGGUUCAGCUCCAGAGCUCUGGUCAGUGGUGCUCUUGUUCAGAAUGAACGCACACACACACACACUCACACCCUUUACACACACCUACUGACUUCAUGUCAGCCUGCUGUAAACCUGGGGAUGGAUGCAGUCUCCGGAUCACCUACUGUUCACUCUGAGUUCGGCGAGUUCUGGCCUUAUACUCCGUCUGGGUCGCUAACCACGGACGAGUCAUCUCUCACCCGCUCUCCUUAAGGUUCAGAUAUUUUGAGCCCUGUGUUCAUGAAGCUGUGUUAUUGUGUGUCUAGACUCAACCUGUCCCUAUCACUCUGUAAUGACAGCAGAGUCCUCUUGUAGUUUGGAAACAUGUGCUACAGUCCAGGAAAAACUUCCCACUGCUUGCUGUAGGCCAUGACGGACAGACAGACAGCAGGCCUUGUCCUAACCUCACUCUCUCUCCCCCCCUCUCUCUCUCUCUCUCUCCUGGUGCUAACCUCUCUCUCUCUCUCUCUUUCCCCCUCCCUCUCUCUCCCUCGCUCAGAGGAGCUCCAUGAGGACUCAGGGAGGGUGAGGGAACGUCGGCCCCACUGCGGCUGAGGUGUAAACCCUGAGGAUUCUUCCUCAGCGCUCUCCAGGUGGAAUAAGAAGAUGAUUCGGCCCCUUUUUGGCAACGUGUUUAAAUCGUCCAUCUCGCUAGAUAUUGACUAGUUUUAAAAUGUCUGCUAUAGAAACACAGUUACCUCUGUGACAACGUCUAAGGUCACUUGAUCUGGGCCACAUGCCCGCAUGUUUAGUAACCCUGAGGUGUUUAAAGAAGCAUGUUCAAGUUUUCUCACGUUGCUGAGAAUACCAUCAACCUGAUGAAACGUUGUUGUUCUCUUACAGCUGCAUUGCGCCAAAGCUUAAGAAUUUAGUAUUUUAUUGGUUGGAACAGUUAAACGGUAACCAGGGGAAAUGUUGACCGAUCCCAAUACAACCGAACAAUAGCAUAUCUAUAAAAGAAAACAAGAAGAAGUAAUUAUAUUUUAUUGUUCUUUUAGGUCAUAUGAAAAUAGAACCGUCCACAGACACACAACACAACAACACAAUCACACAUUUUUACCAUCGCCACAACUUGUGUGCACACAAACAAACGAAGACACACGGACUCGGAAGCUCAGGCAACUACGCUGUUUUGAAGAAAAGGCAUUUCAUCGCUGCACGUUCAACCAACGUGCACGUCGGUCACUAAAGUGCAUGUGUAACCAACGUGCAUGUCCGUCACUAAAGUGCACAUGUAACCAACACGCACGUCUAUCACUAAAGUGCACCAGUCAUAACGUGCACGUCUGUCACUAAAGUGCACGGGUAACCAACGUGCACGGGUAACCAACGUGCACAUCUGUUUCUAAAGUGCACGUAGGACCGAGUGGCAGUGAGUGUGUAGGGGGUUUCCCACCCAGCGUGCGUGAAGACACCGUUUUGAACAAAGCUUCUAAGGUUCUGCACACAGACACAAAGUGCUGCUGUUUCUUUAAGUUAAGAUCAGGAGGCCAGCCAUCUCUAGAGGUAUUUACCCACGACCUUCAGAUGAGUAACAUUACGUGUACGUUCGUGCAACUCCACAUUGGUACGGUGAUUUCACACGCUAGUUUCUACUGUCCAGGACACUCAUGUUCCCAUGGUGGGACAUGUGUAGCUGCAGAAGGCCCUGGGACUGCUGUGGGCCUGUGAGAGGCGUCUUAACGUCCAGACGAAGCACAUCAUGACAGAAUACAUCACGGCGACGACUACCUUUAACUUUGGCAUGUUUGUUUUGAUGGAUGAUUUGCUGCGAUCAGAGAGGACGGGGUUCAACUUAAGACAGCUUUUUACUGUGCUACUUUGAGGUACUGCUGAUGCUUUUGAUACUGCAGUACUAGUUUGACAAUAUGACGGUACACUUGAUGGACGAAUAUUGUUACGCUUAUAUAAGGCUAAUAUUUUUGAAAUGUUGUGCAUAGAGAUGAGCUGAGGAGACGUUGCAAACUGCAAGACAACAUGAUGAGGUAAGACAUGUCACUGAGUGACUCAGUUAUGAUGACAAUCAACAACGCGUUCUGCUUCCGCAACAGACAACAACAGGGCUGUGAGAGUCUCUAGGGUUUAACACAUUUGGAAGAAAGUACUUCCUCAAUUCUAAACAACCCGGUAUUGACGUACUAUAUCAGACGGUAUUGUAGAGAUGAGACGGAAAUUUUAGAUAGUUAAGAUAUUAGGUUAUAAAAUAGGGACUCUGUUGUCAUCAGAGACGGAUCUUUAGGUCUUUGGCUCUGCACAACUUUGCAUAGCUUGCUUAAUGACUUGUCCCCAUGGGCGUGUGUGGGGCAACAUUCGGGGAAACACAUUCCUCUGACUACAUGAUCGGGAGGAACUUCAACCUUAAAACACCAAACUAGGUCAGUUUUCUUAUCUAAUGUCAAAUGAAAAUUUCAAUCAAUUGUUUCUUAUCCCGGCUACAAAGGCGUCCACGUUCAUGGCAAUGGAUAUUACUCUGAAUAUGGACAGAGAACAAGAAAGUGGGCCAAAUCAUGAAUUCCAGUAGGUAUUUUAAUUUUUUUCAUUUCCCCACACGACCUCUCUCUGAGAUAUGAAGUCGUGCUCCUGCUCAAGUGAUUCACAGUGUGGCCCAAGUGCUGCUGCCACGCAUUACUACUCUCGUUAUUACCAGGCUAGCUGCUACCGCGCUAGCGUAGCAUGCUAACCUAGCAUGCUGACCUAGCAUUCUAGCGUAGCACGCUAUGACCCCCAGGAAAUCCAGAUGAUUGCGUGCGUGCGUGUGUGUGUGUGUGUGUGUUUGUGUGUGUGUCUGUGUGUGUGUGAGUGUGUGUCUGUGUGUGUGUGUGAGAGAGACUAAAUCCUAUAUUUGAAUCCCUUCAUACUGAAAGAGGAAGUAUUUAACGACUUGCCGUUACUAACCAUGGCAACUGCCAUCGUCACCUGGUUGCUAUCCGAGCCAAUCAGAAACACAGACAGGUUUGACCGUACUGUCUGGCUACUACUGUAAAUGUUUGGAUUGGUUAACCAGGGCAUGAGUCAGCGUUUUGUCACAGAGUCUGCUUGGCAACAAGGUGGAGUCUAUUUAUGUCCAAUCACGGGAUUAGUCUUCUAAUAUCAGACCAAUCACGGGGCUUCUCCCUCCUCUGAGUGUGGUGGAAGGCCGUAGAAGGAGAGGGGGCAGGUCUUGUGCUCACUGGCCCACGCCGUGGACCAAUGAGGUGCAGCGGAAGCAGAGGGCCAGGAAGCCGGUGCCCAGCAGGUCCCCCAGGGCCGUCAGGUAGGGGAUGGAGAAGUUGUCCGGGUCCAAGCUCCGC